CAUCAGUCAGGUAUGCCACCUGCCAGCUCACCUUUGAAAAUCCUCUCAGCUGCCAAGCAAGACUCUCCAAGCCAGAGCCUCCUUUCUCAUCCUGUGCCUUUCCAUUAGCAAAGUGAGUUAGCCCAGCCCUCAAGGAAGGCCUCAGCCGUCCAUCAUCUCCAGUCACCCUGAUGACUCAGAAGAGCUUCGCUCUGAGGAAACCUCACGCGGUGAAACCUGGUCUUAAGAGAAAUCGCUUGUAGUUUUGCAGGCUUCACAGAGCUUCAGCUGUGGCCCAGAGGACUUCAGAAGGAAGGGACCUGAGGAAGUAUUCAUGCUCCUUCCCUGUUCCAAGGACGACACCAUGACAAAGACAUCGACAUGCAUAUAUCACUUCCUUCUCUUGAACUGGUACAUUUUCCUCAAUUAUUACAUCCCAUAUCUUGGAAAAGCAAAUAAAAUUCGAGUCUUUCCUGAUGGGGCACAUCUGAAGUAUUUGACACUCCUCAACCUGCUCUUGCAGGCUGUUUUCUUCGGGGUCACUUUCCUGGACGAUGUCCUGAAAAGAGUACAAGGAAGGAAACACAUUACGUUCCUAACUUCCUGCAGAGAUCUGCUUUUCACUGUCCUGGCUUUUCCUGUGUCCACGUUUGUAUUUGUGGCAUUCUGGAGUGUCUUUCUGUAUGAUAGAGAUCUCAUUUACCCCAGAAUCCUGGACGAAGUCUUCCCAGGGUGGAUCAAUCAUGCAAUGCACACCUGGAUCUUGCCCUUUCAACUGGUUGAAGUCAUCCUCAGACCACAUCGUUACCCAUCAAAGAAGAAGGGGCUCACGCUGUUGGGUGCUUUUAGUCUUGGUUACGUCAUCAGGGUCCUUUGGCUCUACGCUAUGACAGGAAGCUGGGUGUACCCUGUAUUUACCACCCUCAGCCCACUGGGCAUCGUGACCUUCUGCUCUGCCGGCUACAUCUUGACUGCCAGCAUCUACCUGCUUGGAGAGAAGCUCAACCACUGGAAAUGGGGUGACAUGAUGCAGUCCUUGAAGGAGAAGUGACCACACUCCAAGAGCCAAGGAAGAAGAACACGUCUUGCAUCUGCUCCCUAUUAUCAUUAGUACUAGUCCUGUUUGGGGUGGGGGUGGAACAACAUGGAAAAGUAACAAGGAUGGA